UUUGUGAAUAAUAGAGAAGGGAGGAAAGAGAUAGGAGAUGGUACGGAGAAAAUGGAGGAAUAAACACCGUCAGGACAAUUCACCGUCCCGGACAUUAGAGUGUUUCCCCCAAGUGUUUGUGGCUCUAAUAAGUGGACGGUAUUUUGUCGGACGGUGUUUUGUCCUGGCACGAGGGAAAACGACCAAUAACAACACAAUAACAAAGCCAGUCGAGAGAGAGAAGAGGAGAAGAAGAAGAAAAAAAGCAAGUUUAAAAUCUUUGUUCCACUUGAUGCUGUCGUUGACAGAACGUGCUGUGGAGAAGACGGGAGGAGGAAAGGAAGAAAAGAAGAAAUUGGAGAAUUAAAAAAAUAAUAAAAGAGGAAAAAAAGUGAUGGUUGUUCUCUUAUAAAUAAAUAAAAAUAUUUUCUUAUAGGGCCAAAUUGAUGAUGCACUUCUUUCUGCCUUAGGACAACAGUCAAAAAAGAUGGAUAAAAAUGUUUCAACUUUGUAC